CGAGCGAGCGAGAGAGGGAUAUUUUGCUGUGGUCUGAGCAACAAUCUGCACCUAGUCGUACAUUUGUAAACAUGCCGGCUGCGGCUAAGGAAAAAUGCGUGGAUCGCCUCCGAGGUCCACGAUCGCGGAUGUGUUGGUAUGUAGAAUACCUCAACACCCAACAAGGAUGCUGAACGAGCCGCUGAAAGGUCCCCACGCGGACAGGUGUGUUACCUGUAGCUCAUACAGGGAAGGGGCCGGGUUUGAAGCUUCGGGAUUUGGUUCUUCCGGAAAGAAUACCCAGACCGGUUUGUCAGAAUUCUUGGUGACUGUUUCCCGUUCGCUGAAAGAAUACCUGUCAUUAAAACGGAGGCUUUAACACUCACCGCGGGGAUGACAGAAGAAUACUCUUUGGUUUCGGUCGCAAAUAAGCAGUUUAGCAGUGAACCCCAUUCUUAUGCGGUGUUUCGUACCGCGUGAACUUUUGUCAAUUUGAAGACGAUUCAGCACUACCUAUUGCUAUUGUUACCGCUCCGGAGUGGUUAUCUUGAAUGUGAAUUCCACGUAACUGCUUGUCUUCCUGGAUUUUCGCUUCUAUACGACGGUGCGACAUUCAGAAGGACAGUACACCCGACACAAUGGCUGGGAACAGGCUUAGCACGGACGACCAUCACCCCGAAAACGGCUAUGUUUCCAGUGAGGCAGCUUCGCCGGCGGUACUUCGGGAUUUUGACGGUUCUGUCCUGCCUUUCCUAGGAGGACUGGGGAAAUUUCAAAAACAACUGAUCCUACUGACCUGGAUCCCCGCCCUUUUCAUUUGCUUUAGCCAGUUUUCGGAUAAUUUUUUAUUAGCACAACCUGAUUAUGUUUGUAAAUAUAAUACGCCGAUCAAGAACAAUGUGACUGAAAGCGCAGUUUCACCGCCGAUCGCUACUGACGGCGUUAGCACCACGUUGUACUUUGAAGGCAACCAAAGCGAAGAUGAACUGAACAACCCGUGCAGCUGUACGGAGUGGAACUAUACGCUGCAUACGGGACUGGUGCAAAACGUGGUCACUAAGUUUAACCUGGUAUGUGAUUCCAACUGGAAAGUCCACAUUGCUAAGUUUUCACUUCUGGUGGGUUCUAUCUUUGGAUAUUUGGUCAUGGGAGUUUUGGCUGAUUGGUUUGGACGACAGCCUAUUCUUAUCAUCUCAGUCAUUUUUAUACUCGUCUUUGGGCUGACGGUGGGACUUUCUGUGGACGUGACUAUGUUUAGCACACUAAGAUUCUUUGAAGGGUUUUGCCUGGCAGGGGUGGUGCUGUCCUUGUAUAUAACAAGGAUUGAAAUUUGUCCCCCUAGCAACCGUUUCAUGGUAACAAUGGUGGCUAGCUUUAUUUCUCUAGGAGGGCAGCUGCUGAUGCCAGGUCUAGCAGCUAUCUGCCGAGACUGGCAGAUUCUACAAGCAGUGAUCAUCUGCCCUUUUAUCCUCAUGAUAUCCUUCUUAUGUAUUUUUCCAGAAUCAUUGAGAUGGCUUCUGGCUACCCAAGACUAUGAAAAGGCAAAAAGUUUAGUUCAUCGGAUUAUCCACAGCAACAGAAUAGACCUAGAAAGCGAUGAAAAAGGAGUCCUUUCUGAACUGGAAAAGGAUCUGCCUAAGAAACCCAAGAAGACCUGCAUUGCUAGAGUGGUGGGAACAAGAAAUUUAUGGAAGAACAUAUUAGUCCUUUGUGUAAAUUCGCUGACUGGCUUUGGAAUCCACCACUGUUUUGCAAGAAGUAUGAUGGGCCACGAAGGACAGACUCCCACAUUGUUCCAAAAUUUCUACGCUUUUUAUUACAUCACAGCAGGCAUUGCCGUGGCUUCCUGUCUUGCCAUGUGUCCAGCUGUUGGAUUCCUUGGCCGCAGAGGAGGUCUGCUGAUGUUCACAAUCCUGACAGCCCUUGCAUCCUUAUUGCAGCUGGGCCUGCUUAACUUGGUUGGAAAAUACAACCUAUUCCAGGAUACAGACGUUAAGGAAACAAUGAACAAAAAGUUCUCCAUUGCUUUUUCCAUCAUAGGGAUGUUUUCAUCACAUGCUGUAGGAAAUCUAAGCAUUUUUUUCUGCGCAGAAAUUGCCCCAACAGUCAUCAGGGGAGGAGGACUCGGCCUGGUUCUAGCCAGUGCAGGCUUUGGCAUGAUCACGGCCCCCAUUAUGGACCUUCACAAUCAAAAAGGGUACUUUUUACACCACGUGAUUUUUGCCUGCUGCACCCUCAUCUGUAUCAUCUGCAUUUUGCUGCUGCCAGAGAGUAGACAUCAGAAUCUCCCAGAAACCAUUGCUGAUGGAGAGGGUUACAUGAGGCAGCCGUUACUGCCUCCAAAGAAAGGGGGGGAGCAGCCCCUCUUACUAACAAACGCCGAGCUAAAGGAUUACUCGGGAAUCCAUGAGACUCCGGUUCAUCAAGCAGCCUGCUUGGACAACAAUACGGCAAACGGUGUUAAAUCAUCAUGAUGAGGAGCAGCCAUGGAUUACGAAAAAGAGAAGAGGAUUCAUUUGCACGGGUCCAAGUACCAUCAUGAAACACAAACAUGCUUUGGAUUUGUCCAAGGGUAGCUGCUAUAGAGAAUCACCUGUUUUACCUGUGAGACUCCCUGGAACUUCUUCACUUGGACAUACAAUAAAAAGGAACAGGGUCUAGAGACAAUAAAUGGGAUUUUUAAGAAUUUCUCUCAGUUGUUAACUUUUUUUUUUUUUUUUUGGAGUUAUGUCUGUCCCAGAUGUCUCUAUUUAAUGUAUUGUGUGGAGCUGUGCAAUAAAGGUGGAAACUGUUUUAGCCCUGGCCUACUUGCUACAUGCACAAGCGUGCUAAUUAUUUUUCGAUUUGGUACCUGGAUGCUGACAAAUCAAGCAUUCCUCUUAAGUAAGUGAUGGGGCACAUUGUUGGUGCUGUUGGAUGGAGCCAUUAGAUGAGAAACCACACAAUGCAUUAAAUGCAUCUUCAACUUGGCAGACAGGCUUAACCUUGGGGUUGAGGCUUUAAACACAAGAGCAGGUUGAGUUUUGGUACACUUUUCGAAAAAGGUAAAUGGAACAGUUUGCAACCACUCCAGCAAGUUUGAUUCAAGAGUAAUGAUGGACUUUGUUUUCUAAUAUUGAGUAAAGACAUUGAAGCUUCUGGUUGCGUGCCAGCUAAGCUGAACCGUACUAUGUAAUGUCCUUCUAGUUUACGUAUGUGCGAUUAGCUUUUUAAGUAAUUUAUUUCAGAAACGCUGUUCUACAGGAAUGUAAAGAAGAUAAAUUGUGUACUGUAUUCAAUUAAUGUUAUUUUUUUCUCCCAAGUUGUAAACCUAAAGCCACUUUGGACUCAUUUCCAAGGCUUUCCCCCCACCUUCUGUUAGCAUCAAGGGCAGACUGCUGCAUCGUAUUCAUUGGAGGACACAGAAGACAUGUAGCUGGCACAUGUGACCAGUUUGGAACAGGAAAGACUCCACCAAAUAAAACUGCGUGACAAGGCCUUCUGCUCUAAGAGGACAGUAAGAAAGACUUAAUGAUGGUGCGUAACCCCUUUUUCAUCACAAAGCACAAUUUUUUGCUGGUGCUAAAAAAGUCAGCUUUAAUUUUUAAACAUACAAUUGACAUACUACCAUGCAAGUUAGCCAGAGUGAUUGUGAUCUUCAAAAUGAAAAAUCCUCUUGGUAAGAAGUGCCCAAAGGGUGACCGCUGUCUCUCUGUUUGUAAUGGAAGAGACAUCACAGGGGGAUUGUAAAAAUAUGGUGAAGGAUUUUAUGUAGGGUAUGUGUGUGAUGAAUGAAUGACUGUGCAGUCUUAAUUACUAGUACUUAAUUAUUUUUGACUUCUACUAAAGCAUUUGUAUAUAAGCCAUAAAUGUUCAAAUAAACAAGUUUAUUUAUUGA